ACACGCUGUCCAGGACACCGAGGACGUCUGUUCGUUUGGAUUUUAACUUCAUAUUCUACAACAGCUUCAUCUCUCGGGUGUAUUAAUUUAAAAAAAUACAAAAUGACCUGGACCAAUGAAUUUGGGACAUUAAGCUCCGUUUUUCUGCCCAUUUUACUCAGCUUCACUUUUCACGUUGCAGACUGUACGCUGGUGGUUUCCAACGCGGGCCCUACGCUGGUGAAUGCUUUAGCUGGCAGUAAUGUGACUCUGGCUGUGACCUUCGAAGGGGCCCCCGACCCGGUGGUUACCUGGUUCAUGGCCGGUCUACCUGUCGUCUCGUGGGGCAUCGCCUCCAGUACUCCCCCUGACAUAGACCCGAACAGAAGGAAGGUGCUGCGGAUUGAGGCCGAUGGCUCACUGAGCUUUGUAAACGUGCCACUUGGAUACACCAGUAACUACACUGUUGAAAUGGUAAAGACUGGGGUGGGAAGAUCCGUCACAAAUUUCACUCUAAAAAUAUUUGAUGCAAUCCAGAAUGUGACCCUGAGAGUACAGUCUGGCCCUGCCCAGGAGGGAGCGGACCAGUUCACCCUGCAGUACAGCGUGCUGAAGGGAGGGGUCGAGCAAGAGAUGUGGUUCUUCAGUGGCGUGGAGAUAAAAUCCAACUCUCACUACUUGGUGGAGGAGAGGAGUCUCGUGAUCCUCAGUCCAAACCGAAGCGACACUGGACGGUACUCUGUGCUCCUGACGAACCCCUUCAGCAGUGUGACCACCGACCUCAACGUCACUGUGCUGUACGGACCAGACGAGCCCAUACUUGAGGUCCGUCCAGUUCGGCCUUUUUAUGAACCGGGGGACUCCCUGAGCGUCUCCUGCCAGGCUGACGGGUUCCCCCCGCCUCGCGCCGCGUGGGCCUUUGGCAGUCAGCCCCUCGCUUCCCUCCAUGGAGUCUUAAACCUAACGCAUGUUCAGACCAGUCAAGGAGGCAAAUAUACCUGCACGCUGAUCAAUGGGGAGACGAAAAAACAGCGGCAACAGUUCCGAAUUUUAAACAUUUAUGAGAAGCCGCCGGGGGUCCCGACGUGCUCUCUGCAGUCGGUGAAUAACGUCGACCUGCAGUACCACUGUCGGUGGGUGGGGGGAACCCCACAGGCCCAGCUUUCUUUUCCAGCACUAAGCAACACCAGUGGAGCAGGGAACCUCAGCUUGACCUUCACAGCCUCGCCUGACCUUGACGGGAAAACGGUCACGUGCAUGGCAGACCAGCCUGUCGAAAAGAAUAACUGCAGUAUAACUGCAGGUAGUCCAAGGAGGUUCCUGCCUGCUGUGGGAACCACGGUUGACUCUACGGGCAAAAUAGUGGUGACCAUCAAAUGCGUCAGCGAGGCCUCGCCUCAGGCGGUGGUGUCGUGGUCCAGAGGCAGCGAGGCUGACCCCAACACGCCACCAUCCCAGAUCAGCAGGAACACCACACGGCUCGCGAUUCGGGAUUACAAUGUCAGCAACUUUCUCCUCCAGAGCUACACGUGCACCUGUCGCAACCCACUAGGCAGCCAGACACGGGAAAUCCAGUUGAAAGGACCGUCGAUCUCGGAGUCCAGUUUGUUCACCAAUCUCAAUCGAACCGUCGUCACGCUGACCUGGGAGGUCCCGCCCACCUCCAUCGUUACAGGGUUUGACAUCCAAGUGAAAGGACCAGCCCUCCUGAGCAGGAAUCAUACUGGUCCCCAAACGAGAGACGGCUUCUACUCCAUCACGCCCAAACCGGGCAACGCCAGGAGUGCCGACAUCUUUAACCUCGAUCCCAAGUUGACCUACAUGUUCCGGGUCAUCCCCAGAGCUCGCAUGACUGGGGGACUGCCGUCUGCCGUCCACAGAAUUGGUCCAGGAGGCGGCGGCUUGAGUGGAUCUGCCAUCGCUGGCCUUGCAGCUGGAAUCCCCUGCAGCUUCCUCUUCGUCGCCCUGCUGGGCGGCUUCAUCUACUUCUGUGUCUCCUUGGACAAGAACACAAGUCGGGUAACCAGAUACCCAGCGUCCAGAGCAGUUGAGAAGGCGGUCACGACCCCAACAGAAACGGCUCCUCACAAGCUGCUGACCGGAGGGCUCCAGCCUCCUCCAGAUUACAACCGACUGCAGCAGACUCCCUCUGAAAGAUCAGUGGCUCUUCCAACAUUUCUCCCUCCACCGCCUGUCAGAGUUGCUACGACUGUCUGAACUUUAAAAUGUGCUAUGAUGUGUAUAUAUUUUUUGUAUAGCAUGCAAUAUUUCUAUGAGUUUUAUUUCAAUGUGAUGUUUUUAUUAUUGUAACUGAAAUGGGGAUUGUUUUAAACAUGUUGGAUAGUUGUCACUUUAUUCUUUUUGUAAUCUGCAACUUAAAACUCCAUGUUGUAACUUUAUUUUUUCAUAAUAAAUCCAAGUUAAAGCCAUGCCUGUGACGUUAUUAACAGAACAAUCUUAACGGUUUCCGUCAUUUUCUGUAACUUCACAAGUUCUAAAUCCCAU